AUGCGGACAGCCCAUGAAGAUUUUAAAAGAAUUGUUAAACACAGCUGGGAGACGGACGUCGGAGCAGCCUCGAUGUACAAGGUUCUGAUCAAAAUGCAGAUUCUCAAGAAAGCUCUGAAAGACUGGAACAUCAACAUCUUUGUAAAUGUGGUCAGCAAGAUGCAGCAGGUUGAGGACGAGGGGAGAAGACUCUCCAUUUUAAAGCUUAAAUCCUCCUCUGGGGCUCUCCUUAAUAGUAUAGAUGACAUAUGUAAGGAAGCUGCUGGCUACUUUGAGGCCCUUUUCACCUCCUCUGGUAACGUCAUCCACAAUGACAUCUUGGCCUGCAUCCCAACCAUCGUGACGUCUCAGAUGAACGAGGAUCUUUUGUGCCCCCUCACCAUCGAAGAAGUCAAGGCCGCUGCUGAUUCUAUCCCCCAGGAUAGCGCUCCUGGCCCGGAUGGCUUUAGUGGUUCCUUCUUCUCUUCCUGCCGGGAUGUAAUUGGUAAUGAUAUAUUUGCUGCUGCUAAUGAUUUUCUUGCAGGGGGCCCUCUGCCAAGAGCUUUUCAAUGCACUUUAAUUUGUUUAAUUCCUAAAAAGAGCAAUCCGGAACACAUUGGGGACUUUAGACCAAUCAGCCUUUGCAACAUCAUAGUGAAAAUAUUUUCCAAGGUCAUUGCGUCCAGAUUGGCUGUUCACCUCCCCACCAUCAUCUCAGACGAACAAGGCACCUUCGUCAGGGGUAGAUCCAUAGCAGAGAACAUAUCCACUGUGAGAGAGAUGGUUCAUGACCUAGAUCGUAGGGUCUUUAGAGGCAAUCUGAUCAUAAAAUUGGAUAUGGAAAAAGCUUAUGAUCGCGUCGAAUGGGAUUUUUUAGAUAUUAUGCUUAAAAAGUUUGGUUUUGACCAGCAUUGGAUCAACCAGGUGCAGCGUUGCUGGUACGGCAGCUGGUUUUUCGUCCUUAUCAAUGGGAAGGCGUUUGGCUCCUUUCAGUCUUCCAGAGGCUUGAGACAGGGAGAUCCUUUUUCUCCUUCAAUGUUUAUUAUCGCUGUCGAGUUCCUCAGCCGUGGCUUAACAAACCUUUUCACGUCAGGGACUUGCCAGCCUUUCAAGUUCUCUAGAAACAGCCCUCUCGUCUCUCAUUUGUUAACGCCUAAAAAUCCUCCUUCUUUGUUUCAAAGACAGCCUCAAGAGCUAAAUCCCUCGCUGAUCCAGAAAAUUCUCCGCAGGAUCGAGGGGUGGAAAUCCAAACUUCUCAACCCAGCGGUAAAGGCCAUCCUCAUCAAGAACGUCUUAUCUAGCAUACCGAUCCAUAUUUUGUCCGCUCUGAAUAUCCCGGCAGCUGUUAGCAACUCCCUGGAGGCCGAUUUUGCUGACUUUUUCUGGGGAACAGCAGAGGGUCGUCAGAAGAAGCAUUGGACCAAGUGGGCCCGAAUUUGCAGACCUCUUUUCGAGGGAGGAUUGGGGAUCAGAAGGUUGGGAGAUGUCAUGAGAGCAUUUAGCAUAAAAAUGGGCUGGUCUCUUCUGAAAGGAAAAUCUCUCUGGGCUAGACUUAUCUCAGCCAAAUACCUUCCCUUUCUUCUUCAAUCUAAAGGUAGGAGUUCUCAGGCAGCCUCCCAGGUGUGGAAGGAAAUGCUUAAUAUGCUGUCAUUCGCUAUCCAGCAUUCAAAGUGGCUCAUCGGUGAGGGGAAGGUGAAUUUCUGGAACCAAAACUGGACAGGGAGGGGUCUCCUAGCUGCUGCCACCCUGUCCCCUAUCCCGCCUCAGCUUCGGGAUGCUUUGGUGAGAGACUUCCACCCUAGCUCCGGCUCUUGGAAUCUUUCCCACGUCCGUCCGCUCCUCCCUCCUCCUAUUUUUCAGAUGCUUAAGUCUAACCCAGCAGAACUCUCGGAUAGAGAAGACGUCUUGGCUUGGGAUCUCUCAACCUCUAGUGCUUUCACCCUUAAGUCAGCUUGGAAUGGUCUUAGGAUCCACUAUCCGAGAUUAGCUUGGACUAAGUGGGCCUGGAACAAGGCGCUUCCUCCCAAGAUCGGAGCCCUCCUUUGGAAAAUCAUACACAAUGCGAUCCCUGUGGACUCAGCGAUCCAAAAAUCAGGCAUCAGUUUGGCCUCCAGUUGUGAGUGCUGUAGGGCUCCCCAUGUCAGUGCAGCCCCAACGCCCACCCUCAGCGGAUUUGCUCCUCUGUCGAUUCAGCUCCUGCUAGCCUCCCCUGCGUCUUCAAAUCAUUUCGUCAAGGACCUCGAUCCCCUCUUUUGCCAUGGCAAAUCAGCAAUGAAGGUUUGA